AUGUUUAAUAAUGCAAAAAAAGUUUGGGUUCGGGAUGUUGAUCAUGGUUUUAUUCUGGGACGAAUCUCAGAUAUUGGUUCAGAUAGUGUUAGCGUACAAUUGCAUCCAAAUAAUAAAACGGUAGUAACAACAUACGACUCUGUCUUUGCAGCUGAAGAAUAUGAUAAAGAUGUUGCAGAUAACUGUGCAUUAAUGUAUUUGAAUGAAGCAACAUUAUUGAAUAAUUUAAAAUUAAGAUAUAAAAAAGACAAUAUCUAUACAUAUGUUGCCAAUAUUCUCAUCGCUAUUAAUCCGUAUAAAGAUCUACAAGGACUAUAUUCAAUUGAAACAGUUAAAAAAUAUAAUGGAAAGUCGUUGGGUGUUAUGCCACCGCAUGUAUUUGCUAUUGGUGAUAAAGCUUAUCGUGAUAUGCGUGCUCUUCGUCAAAGUCAAUCGAUUAUUGUUUCUGGAGAAUCGGGCGCUGGUAAAACGGAGUCAGCUAAAUAUGUAUUACAGUAUCUUACCGAAUCGUAUGGAGUACAUAGUGGUCAAAUAGAAGACAGAAUUAAUAAAUCUAAUCCUUUGCUCGAAGCAUUUGGAAAUGCAAAAACGACGAGAAAUAAUAAUUCAAGUAGAUUUGGAAAAUUUAUUGAAAUUCAUUUUAAUGAGAAGCAACGAGUUGUAGGUGGUUAUAUUUCUCAUUAUUUAUUGGAAAAAAGUCGCAUUUGUGGUCAAAGUAAAGAUGAACGAAAUUAUCAUAUAUUCUAUCGUUUAUGCGCUGGUGCACCAGAAAGUGUUCGAAGUGCUUUAAAAUUAGGUUCACCGGAUAGUUUUCAUUAUCUAAAUCGUGGUUGUACACAGUAUUUUUGUAAUGCACAAUCUGAAAAACAAUUAUCACAAAAUAGACGAAGUCGUGAGUUUGUUUCUAAGGGUCCUUUACGUGAUCCACAAUUAGAUGAUACCAAUGAUUUUAUGGAAUGUGAUAGAUCAAUGGAUCAUAUUGGAUUAACUUCAAAAGAUAAACUUAAUAUUUAUAGUACAGUAGCGGCUGUAUUACAUUUAGGAAACAUUAGCUUUGAAGAUGAUCCGGAAAGUACAAAAGGUGGAUGUAAAAUAACGGCAUCUGGUGAACAGUCAUUGGCAAUAACAGCUGAAAUGCUUGGACUUGAAGUUCGAGAUCUUCGAAUGGCAUUAAUAACACGUGUUUUAAUGACAAAAACAAGUAGUAGCCGACAUGGAACUGUUAUACCUGUCCCGUUAAAAGUUUAUGAAUCACAAGGAGCUCGUGAUGCAUUAGCCAAAGCUUUAUACGUAAAAUUAUUUGAUCAAAUUGUUAGUCUUGUUAAUAAAUCCAUUCCAUUCAGUUCAUCAGUUAGUUACAUUGGAAUAUUAGAUAUUGCUGGUUUUGAAUAUUUUCAAAUAAAUAGUUUUGAACAGUUUUGCAUUAAUUAUUGCAAUGAAAAAUUACAACAAUUUUUCAAUGAAAGAAUUCUUAAAGAGGAGCAAACAUUGUAUGAGAAAGAAGGUCUUGGUUUGAAAAAAAUUAGUUAUAUUGAUAAUCAAGAUUGCAUAGAUUUGAUUGAAGCUAAAAUAACAGGUGCAUUCGAUUUAUUAGAUGAAGAAAGUAAAUUACCCACACCGAAACCAGAUCAUUUUACAGCUGAAGUACAUAAUCGAAACAAGGGACAUCCAAGAUUAGAUUUUCCACGUAAAUCAAAAUUACGUUCAAAUCGUGAAAUUCGAGAUGAUGAAGGUUUUUUGAUUCGACAUUACGCUGGUGGUGUUGUUUAUUCAACGGGACAAUUUUUAGAAAAGAAUAAUGAUGCCUUACAUGCUUCGUUGAUUGUUCUUAUUCAAGAAUGUAAAAAUUCAUUUGUGAAAAAUUUAUUUGCGGAUAGUCCAGAAUUAUUACAAAUUGGAAAAUUAAAUUUUAUUAGUGUAGGAAAUAAAUUUCGAUCACAAUUAGCCGAUUUAAUGACUAAAUUACGUAGUACAGGCAUUAAUUUUAUUCGUUGUGUAAAACCAAAUUUAAAAAUGGUCUCGGAUUUAUUUGAAGGUAGUCAAAUAUUAAGUCAACUUCAAUGUAGUGGAAUGGUAUCGGUAUUAGAUCUAAUGCAACAAGGUUUUCCAUCUCGUACUCAAUUUUCUGAAUUAUACAAUAUGUACAAAUCUUAUUUACCAAAGGAAUUAGCACGUUUAGAUCCACGUUUAUUUUGCAAAGCAUUAUUUAAAGCAUUAAAUUUGAAAGAUGCUGAUUUUAAAUUUGGUUUAACAAAAGUCUUUUUUCGUCCAGGAAAAUUUGCUGAAUUUGAUCAAAUAAUGAAAUCGGAUCCCGCAAAUCUUGCAGUAUUAAUAUCGAAAGUAAAAAAAUGGCUAUUAUGGUCAAGAUGGAAAAAAGCACAAUGGUGUGCAUUAUCUGUUAUUAAACUAAAAAAUAAAAUUAUUUAUCGUCGACAAUGUUUAAUUCUAAUACAAAACCGUGUUCGAAUGUGGCGUGUAUACAAACAAUAUGCGCCAAGAAUUCGUGGUUUGGUCGAAGUGAAAGCACUUCAUCUUCAAGUAGCAUCAAUGGAACAAAUUAUUAACGAAAUGAAGGUGAACAAAGAGCAACCUGCUAAACAAGUGCAACAACUUCGACAACGUAUUGAUGAAUUAAUUGUAAAAAUAAUGAAUACCCCAAUGACUUCAAAGCAAAUUCAGAGUGCAUACAUUGAUUUAUUUGCUUCAGUUGAUCGAGAAUUACGCUCGUUGAAACAAGUACUAGAACAACAAAAAAUUAAAGAAGAAGAAGAUCGUUUAAGAAAAAUACAAAAUGAAUUAGAGAGAGAAAAACGGAAAAAAUUAGAUGAAGAAAAACAAACGAUACAAGACACAGAAGAUUCUAAAAAGAGAUCAAUGAUGGCUGCUAGACAAAAAGAACAAAUAAUGCUGAGAAAGGGCGAUGAAAAUCAAAAUCGUAUGUUAACAAAAGAAACAGAAGAAGAUAUAAAAUAUAGAGAAUCAGUUGAACGUGAACGACGGGAUUUUGAAUUAGCUAUGCGUUUGGCACAAGAAACAAACGGUGAAGUUGAACCAAUGCAAUUAAUAAGACCUUUACGUAAACCUGCGAAUGAUCUUCAGAAGUAUUCCUAUGCACAGAUACGUGAUUUAAUUAAUACAUCUUGUGAUCUUGAAUUAUUGGCUGCAUGUAAGGAAGAAUUUCAUCGUCGUUUGAAAGUCUAUCAUUCAUGGAAAUCAAAAAAUCGUAAAGGAAAAAAUGGAUUAGUCGACGAGGAUGAUGAACGUGCACCCAAAUAUAUUAUGGAUAAAGCGGAACCAAUAAACACGAGUGUAGCAGCAGCAUCAACAACAACUUUAUCUAAAUCAAAUUUAUCUACACAUUCGAAAAUCGAAAAAGUAAAUGAACAACGUUUUUUUCGUAUUCCUUUUAUGCGUCCAACUGAUCAAAAUCGUGAAGGCAAUGAGCAGCGAAAAAAAGGAUGGUGGUACGCCCAUUUUGAUGAUAAAUGGAUAGCCAGACAGAUGGAAUUACAUCCCGAGAAAGAGCCCGUUUUAUUAGUGGCUGGUGCUGAAAUAUUGGAAAAUGAAUUUGAACAAGAAUGGUUAAAAAAUGGUGGUAAAACUUAUUUGAAUACACAUUUUGGUCAAAUAUCUUCGAAAUAUGUUGUACAAUUAAUGAAAAAUUAUCGUUAA